UUGGUAGUCGAAAUCAGAAUCAACUCGUUCGCUGAGCAUUCAACAAGUCUUCCUUCUACUCCUUCAACUUCUUUACAAACCCUCAACAACAACAACAUGAAGUUCGCCGUUGCCGUAGUCAUGUUCGUGUGCGCCGUUGCCGGUGCCCAGGCUUCGUGGGCCGCCAUUGCUCCCGGUGUUUCCUAUGUGAACUCUGUGUCGCAUGGUGGACCCGGUCUGUGGGGUGGUGCCUGGAAUGGCGCCUGGAACGGUGCCUGGAAUGGUGGCUGGAACAAUGGCUGGGCCGCACCCGCUGCCGUUGCCGUUCACGCCAGCGCACCCUGGGGUCUCUCUGCUCCCGGCUGGCACGGUGGUGUUCCCGGCAUUGCCCUGGCUCAGGGUCCCGGUGCCGCUGCCCUUGGUCCUCAUGGUCAUGAGGGCGUCUAUGUGGCCAAGACUCGUGGUGCCAUCCACACCGCUCCCCUCGCCGGUCACAUCAACUCGGCCACCUCCGUGAAUGUGGCUCCUGCACCCGGUACCCUGUAAAUGCUGCCAAAAAAAAAAAACAACCCACAUCAAAUAACAAAACGAAUGCCAAAUGAAGUGAGCAGCUGGCGGGCAGGACAACACAGUCGGGAUCACCGUGCAAUUGGCCAACCAGUUGUUGUCUAACUCUACGCUAUCCACUUCUUUCCACGAUUUUAACGACUCUCUACUCGGAUACUCUACCACCACCACAGCCACCCAUUAUUCUUAAGCACACCGCUCUUAGUCCCGUUUGCGAGCCAUUGCGGGGCAUCUGCGGGCGACUCGUCCGCCUGCGGAUUCCCUGGACUGGUUCACACCAAAACACGCACUCACUCACGCGCACAUUUGAGUUAGUUCUGUGUUCAGCAAAUAAGUCCAACAACAGCAACAACAACAAUUACAACAACUACAACCAACAAAUAACAGCAUGUUAAUUUCUUAUUACUUGAGAACUUUACAAAACACCAGCUUUUCCGACUUUCCCUCUAUCUAUCGCCCCCAUCUUUAUAUAUUUGCAACAAUAUACUUUCUAUCUAUCACAAUCUAUUCCUUUAUUCCUUUCAAAAAUUUGUACAUAUUCGGUGUAUAUAUAUAUAUAUACAUACAUACACAUAAACUUAUUGUAGUAAUUUGCAACAAUUGUAAGAUUGACGAAAAACGUUUUAAAUAAACUCAUUCAGCGUUUUUAUUUAUGCGAAAAA